GCGGGCGACGCGCUUUCACACUCGGACCAAUGUAACCAUGUACCAUCUUCUGAAGGGGUUCUACGAAUAUUUCACCAGAAAGGAAGAGUUCUCCGUGAUCAUUCUUGGACUCGACGGCGCUGGCAAGACAACAUUACUAGAGAAGAUCAAGACGCUAUACAAUGACACUCCAGGGCUUGCUCCGGACAAAAUUGCGCCAACAGUCGGUCAGAACAUGGGCAAGAUAACACUGCCAUCUACGAUUCUUCAGUUCUGGGACUUGGGUGGUCAAAGGGGGAUCCGAUCUAUAUGGCAUCGUUACUACGACGACUGUCAUGCGGUGGUCUUCGUCCUGGACGCACAGGACCGCGAGAGGCUAGGUGAAGGAUGGGAAGUGUUCGACAACGUCCUGUCGGACCCUAAGAUCCUCGGCGUUCCACUGCUCCUGCUCGCGAACAAGCAGGACAGUCCACACAGCCUCUCCGUAGAGGAGAUCCGAAAUGACUACGAGGAAUGGUACCGCAGCAAACAGGAUGCGGCCCGCCGGAGGUAUGGAGAUGAAGUUGAGCUAGAGCACCGCAGAGACCGGAUGGCCAGUCUCGAUGUCAUGGGUAUAUCCGCAUUGGAGGGGACCGGUGUUCAAGCAGCGGUAGAUUGGCUAUUCAUACGGGUGCAGAAUAGCCGUCGGAGGGAUGAGCAAAACGAUGGCAGAUAGCUACUGGUGUCAUUGAUUGGCCCUCGUCACUAUCCACUGCCAUUUUCAGGUCCUGCACUACGUAUGAUGGAUAUCACUCCUUUAAUCGCUACCACAUUGUCAAACGGAGCCUCCGGACGAGAACUGUGAUCUCGCCGCAUGAUGGAAUGAGUUGCUGCGCAGGUGCCUAUUCUUCGAUCGCGGCACGCCUCCUCAUACGAGUCUCAGAAUCCUCUGCUCGCGAGUACGGAGGAUGUCUCUUGUUGAGCGAGAGGCUGGUUGCAUCCGCCAACUGAACCUGAGGAGCUUUCCCUCAGCCUAGUACCACUGGCGAGAAAGCAUUCCACCGGACGUGCCGUGUCAAGUGUACAGCAAAGUGACUAGUGCCCCCUAUUCUAUUUAUGAGAAGAGGACGAGGAGGGGGUGAAUAGAAUAUCGCCUCAUCACCUAUUGGCCUCAAUGUCG